AAACAGGCUCAGGGAUGUGGACUUUAGCACGGAUACAGCCGGGAUCCCACAUUGGGCAGUCUGACCCCAGAGCCCUCCUGCCGCCCGGGGGACCAAGGUGGAGCAGGAGGAGUGCGAUGGCUGGAAUGGACCAGCGUGUGGGAGGCAGUGCCGAGAAAAGUGGAGAGAAAUGUUAGCCCAGUGUGAGAGCUCUGCGGGCGGAGCUGGGAGGGGGACAGAAGCAAGAUGCGAAUAUGGGGUUGGGGCCAGCUCCGGAUUCCCAGCAGGUGCGCUGGAGCCGGGUCGUCUCCCAGGUGUGUGACGUUAAAGCACUUUAGGAGGGGGACAGUAGGAUGGUACCUGGACAUGGAUGUCUCAUCGGCUCAGGCUGCCAUAACAAAACGCCAUAUACUGGGUGGCUUAAACAAUAGAAACUUCUCUCUCACAGGUCUAGAGGCUGGGAAUUCAAGGCCACAGUCCUUAUAAGAGUUUAGGACCCCACUCUUAGGACUUCAUUUAAUCCUGAUUACCUCCUUCAUUUCAUGUUAAUUACUCCCUAAAAGCUCUCUCUGCAGAUACAGCCUCACAUUGGGGGUUAGGGCUUUAACGCAUGAAUUUGGAGGCGGGGCGGUGGGGGGGGACACGAUUCAGACUGUAGCAAUAGUUUGUACCCAGGCAAAUAAAUGAUCAUCGAAGACUGAAGAAAAUGAGCACUUUCAGGCCUAACGUGCCCCUGAGAUGCUCUCACGUAUCUUAGCCCAUUUAAUGAGCAUGAGAUUUGCCUUCGCAUUGGUGGGGAGUUCUAGGGAGAACUUGGGUGGGAGCUCGUGUCCACGCAGCCAGCCUGAAGAGGUCGGGAAAAGUUCCACCAAACAUUCUUAAUAGCACUUAGUAUAUCCAUUAUUCAUGGAUUUAGCUAAACCCUUCUUUUAACUUAGGGUUUAGCUUGUGCUGCUCCUGGAAUAAUGAGAUCCGUAAUUACCACCCACGGAGAAGUGGAAUAAUAAUUACUUUUGUUCUGUAUUGUUUCGUGUUGUCAUUCUAAAGUUUGGUAACUGAGUCUUUCCACCCUACUUACCCUGGUGGGAGGAAGAUCAGAAAUCUACAGCUUGGAGGCAGAUGUGCUUUCAAAUCUUGGAUUCAAGCCCUUGCUGAGUGACUGUGGGCAAGUCACUUAACCUUUCUGAGGUUCAGUUAUUUCAGCUGUAAAAUAGAGCUAAUAAAAAUCCUGGCCACAUAGGGUUGUGAGGUUAUAUGGAAGCAGUUUGAAACCAUUAAAGAACUGGCCCUCGGCCUAAAUAUUUAAGUCAUAGACUUCUUCUCCCCACCCCUCUGAGGAGCAGAAACCCGCCCCACGGCUCCCACCUCAAGCUGGCCAUUCAUUCAUCAAAUUGUUCCUGAAUGCCUGCUGAGUGCCGAAGCACCUGUUCUGAAUGCUGGGGGAAGAACAAGACGGACAAGGCUCCUCCUUUUAUGCUAUUCAUAUUCUAGUGGGGGAGGACAGUAAAUAAGUUCGCAUAGCGCUAAGACCUAUGAACAAAAGAAAGAGUACUUCAGAUCAAUGAGAUAAAAAAGUGACUUCAGCCGAGUGGUGUGUGUGUGUGUGUCUGUGUGUGUGUCUGUGUGUGUGUGUGUGUCUCUGUGUGUCUGUGUGUGUUUGGAGGGGGUAUUUGACCACUGGAGGGUGCCACAUACAGGGAGAGGCCUCUGAGGAGCUGAGCUGAGUCCUAAACGUUGAGGACUCCAAGCAGGCGGGGACGGCAGGUGCGAGGCCCAGGCUGAUUGGGUCAGGGUGGGGUCCUCACCCAGCCGUCUCUAGGCUGCCCAGUGAUCUGUCUUACAAGGAGAGGAGGGACGGGUCAGAUUUUUCUCUUGGGAUUUAGAACUACGAAACAAGAAAAGACUUCCCUUGGCAGUGGGAGCUGAAGCCAGAGGUCGAGGGGGCUGCAGGCAGAGGUGGCGUGCAGGCUGACUUUGGGGUAAAGCAGAAGCUGCCAGGCGAGCAGAGGAAGCCGGGCAGGCUCCACCUGGCCCGCGACGACGGAGCAGGAGAAUGGGAGUCCGCGGGGCAUCUGCGGGUGUUUACCAUUGGUGGGCUUCCUGGAUCCAUCUUGAAACCUGAACCACUUUGCAGUUCUAGUCUGCAGGGAGUCCCACCCCGUCCGUGGCUUCUGCUCUUGGUUUUUCCAGGUGGUCUGUAUUCUCAGUCUCUCAAUAUGUAUCUUUUCAGUAAAUCUCCCUUUUAUUUAUGCUAGUUCUCUUUUGCAGACACGUGAGUUGGACUCAAACAGAGCCAUGUGGACCUGGGUUUGGAUCCCUGGGUUUCCUUUCUGAGCUGAGUCUUUGAGGAGUUACUUAAUUUCUGUAAGCGUCAGGAUCCAAAGACCAUCUGCUUACAGCGUUGUACAGAUUAAACGAGACACCAGAAGUGGAGGGGCCUGCAGAGCGUUUAACACAGGGCAGGUGCUCAGAGUUUGUUAGGGCCGUUCUCCUUUCCCUUCACGUUUUACUGGGUUUCUGAUUACACACUUCUCUCUUGGAUUGAAUUGUCCUGGUUUUAAGUCAUCCUUCUUAUCGUCAUCCCUCCACCUCGGUCCUCGUUUUAACUGCCCCUAAACUCUUAACUGGAAGAACAUCACGCAACUCCCUUCUCUGAUACAUGAAUUGACGUGGUCACUGGUCUUCCUGAGGCCAGUUAUGUAGCAAAGGCAUAAAUGGGAUUUAGAUUUAUUCAUAUUUGUACUGAGGUGAGCUGGGCCUGCUUAAAUAGCUCAGAGCAGUGACUUCCAAAGACAGAGUGGGGCCCGGAUGGAAAAUGGUGACUAAAGGAAGAAGGGGUGUGUCAAAGCUGUCUCAGAGAGAUCAGGGUCAGAAGAGGAGGGAAAACGUGGAGUAAGUGUGGAGCAGAGAUGUUUUUCUUAGACCUGGGCCUGCAGGGGCAGACAAGUGCCGAGGCCUCAGUUCUGGGAAGCCCUUCCAGCCAGGGCUCAGCCGCCUGCAGAGGGCCCUCCAGGCUGGGGCCCCAGGGAAGGCUCUUAGGGGGCGGCUCUGGUUUGUACUGGAAGUGGCGGCUGGGAUGAAUUAGAUGCAAACGGAGGAUGCCUGUUGGGUAGGGAUGGGUGUGUGACAUGCAGAAAAGCUGUGCUCGGUUUCUCCGCCUGUGGGUCACGACCUCUUAGGUCUUCACAGCAGGGGCAGGAGAAGCAGUUUUGUCCUGCGAUGUUGGGAGACAUGGCUGGGAGAUGUGGCAGAAGAGAAAUUAAUGACUGCAGAAGUAAUUACGGGCUCUCCAAAAGAAAUUUCCAGGCCCUUAGAAAGGACCAUGGCUGACAAAACGGAAGAGGCUGGUGGCGUCCACUUCCCUUUUCCCUUCACACCCUAUGCCAUCCAGAAAGACUUCAUGGCAGCGCUGUACCAGGUGUUGGAGGCUGGCAAGAUUGGGAUAUUUGAGAGUCCAACCGGCACCGGAAAAUCCUUAAGUCUCAUUUGUGGGGCCCUCUCCUGGCUCCGCGACUUUGAACAGAAGAAACAGGAAGAGGAGGAGCGUCUCCUUGAGGCCGGAGCCGACCCCUUAAACGAUGGGAAGGGCCAGGCCCCGUGUCCCCCACCCUCCUGCCAGCAGAGCCCAGGCUCCCCGAGGGCCGCUGGAGAGCCCGACUGGGUCACUCAGUUUGUGCAGAAGAAAGAAGAAAGGGAGCUGGUGGACCGGCUAAAGGAGGGGCAGGUCAGGAGGAAGAAGCGAGAGGAGCGCCUUCGGCAGAUCCGUCACAACGCGUCGCUCAAGUUCGCAGCCAAGCGCAUGAGACAGGAAGAUGAAGAAACUGAGCGUCUCCUCCGCCUGAGCAGGGAGAUGCUGGCAGCAGGCACGGGGCCCGAGCAGCUGGCCUGGGGGGAGGAUGAGCUGGUCCUCGCCGAGUACGAGAGUGACGAGGACAAAGGCUCAGCCAGCGGAGUAGACGCGGAUGAGGAUGACCUGGAGGAAGAACAUGUAACUAAGAUUUACUACUGCAGUCGAACGCACUCGCAGCUGGCCCAGUUCGUGCACGAGGUGCAGAAGAGCCCCUUUGGCAAGGACACUCGGCUCGUCUCCCUGGGCUCUCGGCAGAAUCUUUGUGUCAAUGAAGAUGUGAGAAAGCUAGGUUCUGUGCAGCUCAUCAACGACCGCUGUGUGGAGCUGCAGAGAAGCAAACACGAGGAGAAGAGCGUCAUCGAGGAGGAGAAGCCCGGGAGGAGGAGGAGGCUGGAGCCGCGGGCCACCUGCCCCUUCUACAACCAUAAGCAGCUGCAGCUCCUCCGGGACGAGGUGCUGUUGGAGGUGAAGGACAUCGAGCAGCUGGUGGCCCUGGGGAAGGAGGCUCGGGCCUGUCCCUACUACGGGAGCCGGUUCGCCAUUCCAGCAGCCCAGCUGGUGGUGCUGCCCUACCAGAUACUGCUGCACGCGGCCGCCCGGCAGGCGGCGGGGAUCCGGCUGCAGGGCCAGGUCGUGGUCAUCGACGAGGCCCACAACCUGAUCGACACCAUCACCGGCAUCCACAGCGUGGAGGUCAGCGGUUCCCAGCUCUGCCAGGCCCACUCCCAGCUGCUCCAGUACAUGGAACGAUAUGGGAAGCGCUUGAAGGCCAAGAACCUGAUGUACAUCAAGCAGAUCCUGUACGUGCUGGAGAAGUUCGUGACGGUGCUGGGCGGGAACGUUAAGCAAAGCCCGAAUACCCAGAGCCUGUCUCAGGCAGGGACGGAGCUGAAGACUGUCAGCGACUUCCUCUUUCAGAGCCAGAUCGACAACAUCAACCUGUUCAAGGUGAAGCGCUACUGUGAAAAGAGCAUGGUCAGCAGAAAGGUACGUGUCCCUUUGCGCGGGCCCCCGUCGCUGUCCUCCGUGCGUCUCUUCUCCUGGCCUGCCGAACCUCCGAACGCCCUGUCUCCGUGCUCACCAUGCGGCAGCUCACCGGGGGCGGGGAGAGGCCCGUCCGGCUCCCUCUCACAACCACUGCUCUCAUCCCUGUCCCAGCUCUUCGGCUUCACAGAGAGGUACGGGGCGGUCCUAGCGCCCUCCAGGGAGCAGCCCAAACUGUCCGGGUUCCAGCACUUCCUGCAGAGCCUGCAGCCGGGGGUGACUGCGGCUCCUGCAGCCCCCGCAGAGGAGGGGGAGGACAGGGCACCGCGGCCCGCUUCCCCGCUGAUGCACAUCGAAGGCUUCCUCGCAGCUCUCACCACUGCCAACCAGGAUGGCAGGGUCAUCCUGAGCCGUCAAGGCAGCCUCAGUCAGAGCAGCCUCAAAUUCCUGCUCCUGAAUCCAGCCGUGCACUUUGCCCAGGUGGUAAAGGAAUGCCGGGCGGUGGUCCUCGCAGGGGGCACCAUGCAACCGGUGUCCGACUUCCGGGAGCAGCUGCUGGCGUGUGCCGGGGUGGAAGCUGAGCGCGUGGUGGAGUUCUCCUGUGGUCACGUGAUCCCUGCAGACAACAUCCUGCCCCUCGUCAUCUGCAGCGGGCCCUCCAACCAGCAGCUGGAAUUCACGUACCAGAAGAGAGAGCUGCCUCAGAUGAUGGAUGAGACGGGUCGCAUCCUCUGUAACCUGUGCAACGUGGUGCCGGGAGGGGUGGUCUGUUUCUUUCCCUCCUAUGCGUACCAACGCCAGGUCCACACCCACUGGGACAAGAGUGGCCUGCUGGCCCGCCUGGCUGUCAGGAAGAAGAUAUUUCAGGAGCCCCAGAGAGUGAACCAGGUGGAGCAGGUGCUGCUGGAGUAUUCCAGGUGCAUUCAGCACUGUGGCCAGGCAGGGGGCAUGGUGACAGGGGCCCUGAUGUUCUCCGUGGUCGGAGGGAAGAUGAGUGAAGGCAUCAACUUCUCUGACAACCUUGGCCGGUGUGUGGUCAUGGUGGGCAUGCCCUUCCCCAGCAUCAGGUCUGCAGAGCUGCAGGAGAAGAUGGCUUACCUGGACCAGACCCUCCCCCGAGCCCCAGGCCAGGUGCCCCCUGGGAAGGCGUUGGUGGAGAACCUGUGUAUGAAGGCCGUCAACCAAUCCAUAGGCAGGGCCAUCAGGCAUCAGAAGGAUUUUGCCAGCAUCGUGCUCCUGGACCAGCGGUACGCCCGCCCUCCUAUCCUGGCAAAGCUGCCGUCCUGGAUCCGGGAUCGCGUGCAGGUCAAAGCCACCUUUGGCCCUGCCUUUGCUGCUCUGCGGAAGUUUCAUAGAGAGAAGUCUGGGUCUUCCUGACAGAUGGCUGCACCACUGCCUGGUCACCAGGCCCUCCUUUCACCCCGCCCACUAGAAAUGUUGUCUUGGGCCUGGUCUGCAGCGAUCC